AUGGAUGUCCUCUUUGAGGAUAAUGCUCCUUUGAGCCCAACCACCAGCUCCUUAAUGCCGUCAAACGGGGACCCAAGGCUCUACGGCAACGACCUGAACGCUGGAGACGCGAACACUUCGGAUGCAUUUAACUGGACAGUGGAUGCAGAAAACCGAACCAACCUUUCCUGCGAGGGCUGUCUCUCGCCACCAUGCUUCUCCCUACUUCAUCUCCAGGAAAAAAACUGGUCGGCUCUGUUGACAGCGGUCGUGAUUAUUCUGACCAUUGCUGGAAACAUACUCGUCAUCAUGGCAGUGUCCCUAGAGAAAAAGCUGCAGAACGCCACCAACUAUUUCCUGAUGUCACUUGCCAUAGCUGAUAUGCUGCUGGGUUUCCUUGUCAUGCCCGUGUCCAUGCUAACCAUCCUAUAUGGUUACCGGUGGCCUCUGCCUAGCAAACUGUGCGCCGUGUGGAUCUACCUGGACGUGCUCUUCUCCACGGCCUCCAUCAUGCACCUGUGCGCCAUCUCGCUAGACCGCUACGUUGCCAUCCAGAACCCCAUCCACCAUAGCCGAUUCAACUCCAGAACUAAGGCAUUUCUGAAGAUCAUCGCUGUCUGGACCAUAUCAGUGGGUAUAUCUAUGCCAAUACCAGUUUUCGGGCUACAGGAUGAUUCCAAGGUCUUUAAGGAAGGGAGCUGCCUACUUGCCGACGAUAACUUUGUCCUGAUCGGCUCUUUCGUGUCGUUCUUCAUUCCCUUAACCAUCAUGGUGAUCACCUACUUUCUAACUAUCAAGUCGCUCCAGAAAGAAGCCACCUUGUGUGUGAGUGAUCCUGGCACACGGGCCAAGCUAGCGUCUUUCAGCUUCCUCCCUCAGAGCUCCCUGUCUUCGGAAAAGCUCUUCCAACGAUCAAUCCACAGGGAGCCAGGGUCCUACGGCAGGAGGACUAUGCAGUCCAUCAGCAAUGAGCAGAAAGCUUGCAAGGUGCUGGGCAUUGUCUUCUUCCUGUUUGUGGUGAUGUGGUGCCCAUUCUUCAUCACGAACAUAAUGGCCGUCAUCUGCAAAGAGUCCUGCAACGAGGAUAUCAUUGGAGCCCUGCUCAACGUGUUUGUCUGGAUCGGUUACCUCUCCUCGGCGGUCAACCCACUGGUAUACACACUGUUCAACAAGACCUACAGGUCGGCCUUCUCCCGGUAUAUUCAGUGUCAGUACAAGGAAAAUAAAAAACCAUUGCAGUUAAUUUUAGUGAACACUAUACCGGCCUUGGCCUACAAAUCUAGUCAACUCCAAAUGGGACAAAAAAAGAAUUCAAAGAAAGAUGCCAAGAGCACAGAUAAUGACUACAGCAUGGUUGCUCUAGGAAAACAACAUUCAGAAGACGCUCCUACAGACAAUAUUAACACAGUGAAUGAAAAGGUUAGCUGUGUGUGA